GUCAUGUCAUGUGACGAUAUAUCGGGUCAAUAAAUCCAAUAUGGAGGGAAGGUGAUGCACCUUUGCCGGUAGAAAAUAAUCAAAAUUGAAAAGAAACUUUGCUUAACUUAACAAUUUCCGUUUACCAUGGAUGGACACACAAGGAGAUUGUCAACCUCAGGCCAGAGCCUCUACAGAGUGCUGGGUCUACAGAAGGGUGCAACACAUGAAGAAAUCAAAAAAUCCUAUAGAAAGCUUGCACUGAAGUAUCACCCUGAUAAGAAUUUGGAUAACCCUGCUGCUGCAGAACAUUUUAAAGACAUAAACCAUGCCCAUACAGUUCUUAGUGACACAACCCGCCGAGGCAUUUAUGACAGAUAUGGUUCUCUGGGUAUUUACAUAGGGGAGCAGUUUGGAGAGGAAAAUGUCAAUGCUUACUUUGUGCUCACAAGUGGCUGGUGCAAGGCUCUUUUCAUAUUCUGUGGAGUUAUCACUGGGUGUUACCUCUGCUGUUGCUGUUGUUGUUGCUGCAACUUUUGCUGUGGCAAAUGCAAGCCUGCACACCCUGAGGAUGAAGGCAAAUAUGCUAAUCUACAUCCGGAUGAUAUAGAAGCCAUGAUGAAAGCAGAAGAAGAGGCGGCUAGGAGAGAAGGGAAGAAGGAGGAGUUCAGCAGUGAUGAGGAAGGAGAAGGUGAAGACGGCCCUGUGACAUCACAACCAAAGUCCUCUGCAUUUGCAAUGCCCCCAGCAGGAGACCAGAACGCAACAUCACAAAUGGGGCCAAUUCCUAUGCCUCCUCCACCAGAUCAUAGCCAGAACAUGGCCAAUGAAAAGACAGGUUUAAGAUCAGAUGAUGUACCCACGUAUGGGGUAGAUGUAGGACAUUCUUCAUAGAUUGUACAAUAGAUGGAGAAAGACGGAGAUCUGGUUCAUGAAAAUACAAGACAGUAUUCAUAAACAGUUGAAAAAUUGGGUGCAAUACAUGUCUUGGCUGUAUAAUGUGAUGAGAUAUGUCACAUUCUUUUUAUGUGAUAACAACAGAUAUGAAGCUGCCGUCAGUGGUACUUUAUUGUAGAGGAAAUAUUUCAGUUUCUUUGAUGAUGGUUGUGUUUGUUAGAUAUACUGCUGUGGCUAAAACCAGGAUAACAAUAUGCAACCAACAUUCAUAGAAGUGUUGGCAAGUUCUGGUCUGGCUAUAUAAAUGAACAACUUACCUUGAGUCCCUUUCAUCCAAAAUUAAGACAAACAUUCACAACAUCAUCAAUACCAAAUAGGCAAACAACACUGGGUAUUAGUUGUUCGAGAUUUUGUGAUAAUUUUUUUUAUUUCAAUUAUGUAAUUGUGCCCAAUAAUAUUCUCGGGUGUAUUCAGUUUAAAUAUAUUUUACCAUGGGCUUAUUUCCACAAUGUACCAUAGGUAGGCUUUCUGGGAAUUCACAAUCUUAAACUUAAUGCAUUAAGUAUUAGUUAAGCACAUUUACUAGUAUUUCCUUAUCUACUUAUGGCACUGUAGGCUUAUCAAAAUAAAGAGGUUGUUGCUGUAAACUAUAGUUACAUACUAAAAACUUAUUGCAAAAUAGAUUUAGAUUUGAUAUGGCAUAUAUUCCCAUACAUCACAAAGGAUAUUCCAGUUUAGUAAAAUCGAGUGUGCUGUAAAGAAAGACCAAUUGCAGCUAAAGCAGUCGUGUCUCAUAAAUCUCCCUGUAAUUGUAACAUUGCCAACAAAUAUAGAGAAUCCAAAGAGUAGUCUCUGAGAAAUACCAGUAUACCCUAUCUUUGCCAGCAAUUAAGGUAUCACUUGGAAAGUACAAAAUUUCCAAAAGGAUAUAUAUAGAGCUCUGAUGUUGUAGUUUAGGAAUAUAAUGCCAGAAACUGUUUUGUUUCAGAUCUUAGUUUUUCUUCAUCUUUUUAUUAUUUUUUCUUCUGUUAGAAAGUUUCUAAACAUGAAUAUUUGAAAAGAAUGUAACUUUAAAAAGAUAUAUAGACAUAAAUGUAGAUCAUUAGUGUUAGAGUUAAUCAUUAUAUAUACUGGAUUAAGGACAUGCACUACAAACUGUUUUUUUAUUGUAUUGUGUAUUUAAAUGGGCUAUGAUAUGUGUCUAGAAGUGAGAAUAUUAUGCGAAAAAAAGCUUUUUUAUUAAAUAGGGGCAUCUAGCUAGAUAGAAUGUGUAGACAAUAAUGGUUAUAAUUGAAGCAUGCAUGCAGAAAUUACAGAAAAUUAGAGGCCAAGAGUUGGGUGGUACACUGUGGUACCAUGACAGAGACAUGACAGCAAAGUACAAGUUUAUGUAUGGUCCAGUUUUGACAGCUUAAUUUACAGUAGCACUGCAUUAUCUCAGUGUAAUGGAUAUGGUAAUGACUUGAUCUUUUCAAUGGCCAAAAAUUAUUAAUUUUCAGAUACAUAAUUAUAUAAUCACUAAAAUUAUGUCAAUGUAGCAUUAAUGGUGCUUUGACUGCAUAGAAUAGAGUAGCCUGCUUUGUUAAUGUUGUUGCUACCACUCAUUGGAAAUGUUCUAAACUUAAGAAAUAAUGAGAAAUUUCAGUAUCUGUAAAAUUCACAAUUUUCCCCAAUUGAAAAGAUUGAGUUAUAACCGUACUUUCUGCCAUGUAAUUCUGCAACUUACUAUGGUGGUAGUUACGUAGGACUACUGAGGAAUAAGGGCUCAUUCCCAAUGAAACUAUUGUUCUAUGUAGAUAUAGCUUCAACUCUGCAGGGACUCUCACUGAAUGCAACCAGAUUAAGAGAUUAACAAGCCUUCUGGUGUAGAGCAGAGUACAGUAGAGCUAGUGAUUAUACCAGGACAUUGAGAACAAGAGAUGUGUUCAUUUGAUUGCAUUCAGCAUGAGUCCCCAUGGAGUUCACUACUGAGAUAGUACAGCACUACAGUCACUUGAAUCAAUUGCAGCUAUAUAACUUGUGGUGUACGUGUUGAGGUGGUGGAUCUUGCAGGCUAUUGCUUUAUAUAGAAUGGGUUAUCAAGGCAGUUGUUAUAAACACAAGGUCAGAAAUAUAAUAGAAUGACUUUGGAACACAUUUGCAAGAAAAGACUCAGGUCACUGCUUGUUAUUACAGAAUGUAUUGUUUGGUGAUUAGACAUUCCAUUACUUUGUGUGCAAAGCUUCACUAGAAGUGUUUUAAAACCGAUUAAUGUCUACAGUCUGUGGUCAUAGUUAAUGUAAUGUAUUAAGAGUAAAGAGCAAGUCAAAACUGUAUACUAGUCUCAUCCCCAUGUGCAAGAUUGGUAAGGUAUUCUAUUUUGCCAGUCUUUCUGUGGUUGAGUUUAUCAUACAGCUCAGUUAUUGAAGUGCAAUGCUUGAUGCAUUUUGAUGUGCAUGCAUGUGUAUAUAUAUAUCACUUUUAUGGGAUUGUAUACGGGAUUGUGACGGAAAAUAGUUGUUUUUUAACAUGUUAUCUCCUGGAAUCUUCAGUUUAUUUUCUAGUCUUUAUCAACCACCACUCCAUAGAGUACCACAUCCAAACAUAUCCUAUGGACGUUUUUAAGAUCACAUUUAUUCUCAAGGUCAAGUGAAUUUUUCGCAAGUAUUCCUUAUGCUUUAUUUAAAGUAACCAGGGGGUUAUAUUUCAUAAUUGUAUAAGUUUAAACCGAGUUAAAUAAUUUUGGACUAAUGUUCAAACUCUGUAAAAAGAAAAUGGGAUGAUUUAUUACUGAACACUGAUAAUUCUAUAUACCAUCCAUUAAAGUGAUUUCUACAUAUUUCUGCACUGUAGGUUGUACUGUUCGUACAUGGACAUAUUCCGACUGAAAUAUUAUCUCUGUUCAUACAGAACUUUAGAUUGUAAUCAGUUGAUAUAAUGUGCAGGUAAAGUAAAGGAUGAGAAAGUAUCA